AACAAAAGGAAAGCAAGGGUCUUUCAGGCAGAACGCAAACCUUUUCAUACUGUCUUUUGGGUGCUAAAAGAGACAAAAAUGGGAAAUUAUUCAUCAAAACCUACGAUGCCUCCUUCUCCCCCUGCUGCUUCAAAAGAACUUAAAGAUCCCUGGAGGCCAGUAAAAUGGAGUGAAAAACAAGAGCUACUGAAAGAAUUGGAGCAUUUAAAGCCACGUUUAGAGCCCCUCAGGAUUCUGGUGCAAGGACCUGUUGGGGCAGGGAAGUCAUGCUUCAUAAACACUGUCCAGAGGGUCCUUUUAGGCCGUAAUGUCAGUAUUGCUCUGGAAAGCUCAACAACAGCAAUACAAGGAGAAAGCUUCACUCUUUCAUUUAAUCCCCGUGGGCCUAUAGCUAAGGAUGACAAGAGGUACAAUCCCAGGCCAAGUCCAGGUGAUAGAAUCCACUGUCUGGUAAACAUUGUUCCUGCUGAUGCCAUCUCAAGGUUGGAUGACAGUGUGAUUGACAAAAUGAGGACAAUUCGAAAGAAAGCUUCUGAAUGGAGCAUCCCACAAGUGAUUGUGUUGACGAAAGUGGAUAACGCGUGUGAGAUAGUCAGCCAGGACUUGAGAAAACUUUACCACAGCAAGAAGGUCAAAGAUAAGGUUGAGGUGAGCAGUCAUAAACUGGGCAUCCCGUUGAACAACAUUUACCCUAUGAAGAACUAUCAUGCGGAGAUCACUGAAGAUACCAAUGUGGAUGUUCUCAUUCUCAUGGCACUGAGGGAUAUUGUCAACUUUGCCAACGACUAUGUAGAAUCCAUGUAUGAAUCAAGUGACUGUAUACAAUCAUAGAAAAGGAGAAUUCCAGCUUUUCAAAAUGUAGUGUUAAUAUAUAGUUAAUAAUAAUAAUUGUGAAUUAACUUGAAAAAGCGAAUUAACAAGCUUGUUCGAAAUGGCAUUACUCAUGACUUGUUGCUCAUGGGAAGCAUGUUUUUUUAAGCCUUUGACACUUAAAACUUCAGAGAAGUGCUGCUACAUUUUAUUUGGCAUGUGUCAGUCUUCUUUCUAUCUGUUGCAAGCAGGGAAAAAUCUGUAUCAUACAAGCCUAUUAACUACACAGCAAACCUAAGCCUGAGAAACUGUAAAUUACAUGAGUGUUAAUAAGAUGUUCACAUUAAAAUGUACUCACUGUAGCUGUAGCUAACUCAAGAAGGGCUUAAGUA